AUUUCAAUGACACUUUGCAGGCCUAGGCUGAUUUGAUUGGCCAGGUAUAACUUUGAGUUUUGCUCAGCUGUGGAAGCAAGUAAUCUGAUCCUGUUGAAGGAAGGAUGCACAAAGGUGGGUUUAGUCUACUAUGGUAUUCCUGUAGCAUUCAGCUAAGUCAUAUCCUGCAAGUAACUCCCUGUUCAUGACCCUAGUAAAGUGCUAGAGUAUCUGAAAGCCAGCAGGUCAUGAGGUGCCCUUUUCUCAUGAAUAAGGGAUUCGAGGGAAAUCUUGCAUCAAUCAGAGAAGCAGAAUCUUUCAAGGAACAAGGAAAUGCGUACUAUGCCAAGAAAGAUUAUAAUGAAGCAUACAACUAUUACACAAAAGCCAUAGAUACCUGUCCUAACAAUGCCAGUUAUUAUGGUAACAGAGCUGCCACCCUAAUGAUGUUGGGGAGGUUUCGAGAAGCACUAGGGGAUGCUCAGCAGUCUGUCAGACUGGAUGAUAGCUUUGUAAGGGUAUGUGGAAAACUUCAUAUUUCCCUAGGAAAUGCCAUGGCUGCUAGCCGCUGCUUUCAACGAGUCUUAGAACUGGAUCAUAAGAAUAGUCAGGCGCAGCAAGAGCUGAAGAAUGCAAGUACUGUUCUUGAGUAUGAAAAAAUAGCUGAAGUGGAUUUUGAGAAACGAGAUUUCAGGAAGGUUGUAUUUUGCAUGGAUCGUGCUUUGGAGUUUGCUCCUGCUUGUCACCGAUUCAAAAUCCUCAAGGCAGAAUGUUUAGCGUUAUUGGGUCGCUACCCAGAAGCACAGUCUGUAGCAAGUGACAUCUUACGAAUGGACUCAACAAAUGCAGACGCUCUGUAUGUCCGUGGUCUCUGCCUUUAUUAUGAGGACUGUAUUGAGAAGGCGGUGCAGUUCUUUAUCCAGGCACUCAGAAUGGCCCCUGAUCAUGAGAAAGCAUGUCUUGCCUGCCGUAAUGCCAAAGCACUUAAAGCAAAGAAAGAAGAUGGGAAUAAAGCCUUCAAAGAAGGAAACUACAAACUUGCAUAUGAACUGUACACAGAGGCACUAGGAAUAGAUCCAAAUAACAUAAAAACAAAUGCCAAACUCUACUGCAACCGGGGGACAGUUAAUUCAAAGCUUAGGAAACUUGAAGAAGCAAUAGAUGACUGCACGAAUGCAGUGAAACUGGAUGACACAUAUAUCAAAGCGUACUUGAGGAGAGCACAGUGUUAUAUGGACACAGAACAGUAUGAAGAUGCUGUAAGAGACUAUGAAAAAGUUUAUCAGACAGAAAAAACAAAAGAACACAAGCAACUUCUAAAGAAUGCACAGGUAGAAUUGAAAAAGAGCAAACGGAAAGACUACUAUAAAAUCCUUGGGGUUGACAAAAAUGCCUCUGAAGAUGAGAUCAAGAAGGCUUACAGGAAAAGAGCACUAAUGCAUCAUCCAGACCGACACAGUGGGGCAAGCGCAGAAGUACAGAAGGAGGAGGAAAAGAAAUUUAAAGAGGUUGGUGAAGCCUUUACCAUCCUAUCGGAUCCCAAGAAGAAGGCUCGCUAUGACAGCGGACAGGAUCUAGAAGAGGAUGGGUUGAACAUGGGAGACUUUGAUGCAAAUAAUAUCUUCAAGGCCUUCUUUGGUGGGCCGGGUGGCUUCAGUUUUGAAGCUUCUGGGCCAGGAAAUUUCUUUUUCCAGUUUGGCUAAAAAAAAAAAACCCUACACAUACGUGAUCUGCUUAUUUUAACCUUGACUAUGGACAUACUUAGACUCCUUCCUUCAUCAUGUCUCAUUGUACUUAGAGCAGUUUCAUUUUCUCGGUUGGAGACCUCUGUUUUGUGUGCUUUUGUGUGUGAAGAGGAAACCAGCUCGGGGAGGGGAAGGCUUGUGAAUUUUGUUUUACUGUUAACUUUAUUAAAAAAAAAAAAAUAAAGCUUUGAAUCGUUUGGUCCCUCCAUGCUGGCCCGUACUUUCAGACUGUUCCUGCUUCUCAACAGAGGGGAUUUCCUUGAAGUCCUCUUCCUGGAAUCUUGACUUGUGAGAGGGUGAAGUAAUCUCCUGCUUUGUUUCGGCUGGCUCCAAAGUGCAGUGUGGCAGCAUGCCUAGGGUUUGUAGCAACUUGUAAGUUAUUUUAAUCUUCUGAAAGUAUUGCUAAGAUUCAAUCAAAUUUGAUACAAUUGCUUUUUUUUUUUUUUCCUUUCCUUUUUACCUGCCAGCUGCCACUUCUUUUUUGCCAUGGUUCUACCAGAACGGUACACUUGGGCAUUAACUUAAAUGAUAGUGUGUGAGCUUAACACUUUCAUAUCAGAAAAAUGCCCCUUUGGAUUUAAAAGGGCAGCUUAUGUGAGAAUUCCCUGUGAUGCAGCUAGAAUUAAGGGCUUUGUGUUUCCACUCCAAGAAUUGUCAUCUUUAAGCGAACAUUUAACUUUCUCUGGGCUGAAUUUCUUCACUGUAUCUUUUUUGAUUAAUCCACUUGAACAUUUGAUACUUGUGCUAAAAGUUGAGUUUAUGGUUUAAGAUUUUCAUGUUUGAUUUCAUGUACUGAUCCAUAAUGUGGAUGAGUCUUUCUGGCUUUGAAGACAUACAAAGUUAUAUUCAGGUUAUUAACUGAAAAUGGUUACUCUGUGUGUAUGCGGCAGUGUGUUCUCAUAACGUUUACAGGAACUGUACAAAUAUGUUAAAUUAGUCAAGUAGUUUUCAAAUAAAAGUAAUUUACUAGUUCAAAGAAGCAAGAAAAUGCAAAGUCAAACUUUGAACUGACAGUCUGUAAUUUGCUUCUCUUGCACAAUGUCAGGACAAGUGCUGGAGCGAUGCGGUUGAAGCCUGGAGCUGUGUGCAGCUGCACCAUCUCGAAUUCAGAAUGGAUUUGGUUUGGUGAUACUGGUUGGUUUGGUUAACAGGCAGUAGCCUGUUAACAUGAAUGCUGCUUAUUUUUCACCAUAAGUGUAGUGUUAUAGCAGGAUCUCGGCUGAGGAGGACGCUGCUUCCGGAACUCUUCACUUUCUUCUAUAAAGUGAAGAGAUAAAAUGGAGAAUCUUUUUUUGACUAGAUGCUUUGUUCAAGUUAAAUAUUAUCUUUAAAGAGUUUUGGAGCUUAGCAUGUGGCGUUAGAUCUGACAGUACUGUAGGAAACCUUGCAGCAGAAGCGAGGUUUGUGCGUGUUAGCGCUCAGCAGCACCAGUGUGAAGAGGAAGAGUCUUUCAGAGGCAUUGCUGUAUCUGGAGUUUCUUAAAACUGACCUACUGUAGUGUAGUGACAUUUGGAGAGCUGAAUUUUGCCUGGCUGAAAAAGACAGACAUUCUUACGAGUACAUGCAGGACUUUUUCCUAGAGAAACCUGACACUAACUUCUAUGUAACAUCUGACCUAACUUUUUACUGCAGGAAAAAAUAGAUUGCAAUGAAUUGAUUGCAUGAAAUCCUUCUUUUGAAUGCUCAUAUCUCUGUCUUCCUUCCUUCCGAGGGCUGUACUUGUCCUGUUCCGUUGGACAGAGUAACUAGGCUGCAAUGCAAGUUAACUUCAUUUACAACAGUUGCAAUAGAAACAUGUGGUGCUGCUGCCGCUGAAUACUACAGUCCCGAGGCAUCUAGUUCUUUGUCAGAAUUUUUGACAAUCCGCUUUCGUAGAGGGAAGACUUAAGGGCUUAAACUUUAGUGCUGCAGAGCAAAGGAAGUAUUUUAUAACUCACUCAAGAGUCAACUUUUAAAAUGAGUCGAUGUUGAAUAAUAUUUCCAAAAAUAGACUCUUCAACAUUCAUUCUAACUUCCUUUGCACCAGUGUAACUUGAUGGAUUUACCCGGAUUGCACUGAGAGCAAAAUAAGGUCCUGGCAUCUUUUAGACUCUGGAACAAUAAAUAUUUGGAGAAUUAAAAUACCAGUCUAUGCAUAUUGGGACUUCUCCAGUUCUCAUGGCACUUGUAAAUCAGAGUUUACAGGACUUAUUCAGUGGGGCAUUCUCGAUUCAUAAUGUAUUGUCUGUGUGUAUUAAUAUUAAUGUACAGUUUGGAAUUUUCUCAGUCUUUUAUCACAUGCAGGGAUGUAUCCUGCAUUUGUCAGUGUAAUUUUUUUAUUUUUUAUUUUUUCUCCCCUCUCCCCCCAGUUAGGAAAGAUAGGCUUCCUUCUCUCCAAACUUUAAAUGAGACCGUUCUUUGGAGGACAGAAGUAGAAUGCUUCUGAGGGCUUUUCUUCUGAGAGAGGAAAGGUAAACGCAGAUAUUUAUGUAAACCUGUACAUGAAUGCAUGAUUUAAUGUAGUUUAAUAUUAAAUAUGAUGAGUGCCAAGAGUUUUCUAAGGAGCUCUAUUAUGUGAUUAAAAGCAAAUGCAAACGUGCGUUCGCUUUUGCAGAGUGCAUUACAAUGUUAAUGGAAUUCAGUAACUAUCCCGUUACCUCAGGACAGUAGCAGGGUGUUGUGAUACAGGUGCAUUGACGUUGUAACCUCCAUCCUGUCUUAGCACAGUUUGGAGAUACGGAACUGUGUUUCUUUCAGAAAAAAUCUGCUUAGAUGGGCAUUGUUUAAAACAUUGCCUUUCACGCUGAAUAGUCACAGAAUGGUAUUUAUGGGUUGUAAUUCAUCUGUAGCCACAGGGAACCUUAAUGCUAUUUUUUAGCUGCUACCAUUUACACACCUCCCUGGCUUCCUCUGGCUUGAUAGGAGCACCAGGUGUAGGAAUUUGCCCGAAAAAUGAUUAAUAAAUAUCUUAAACUUACGCCUGUGCUUUUUCUGAAGUAGGUGAUAGGAGGUUGCCGUAGGUGAUGCUCUUGAAACACAAGCAUAGGAGGAUAUACAUGGAUCAAGCCUUAUUCAGAGGUGUACUUUUCCCUUUGACGUGACUACAGGGUACAAUGUGAACUUUGCAUGUGGAAAGAAUUGACAGUAAAGCGUCUCCUUUUAAUGAAAACAGGUCUUUCUGGAAGUCAGUCUUAAUCAUUACUGAAAGGUUUCUUUUUGGCGUGACAGCAAGAGCCUUAAUAGUCAACUCUAAAAUGUAACUAAAAAUGUCACCGGGCUGUUUCCCAUCUGCAGACAGUGUUCCCUGCUCUGCCUGGUAAAUAGUUAUAUUCCCUUGUCCUGAAAUAUAGAUCUGGAGCAGCUGUGGAUUUCUUUCAUACUUGUUCCUCUGGCCUGCUGCUGAUAGCAGUUACCGUAAAGAUGGAGCCGGUGUGGCUAAAAGACCAGAUUGUUAUGGAAGGGAGGGGUCUCUUAGCAGCAAAGUGAAAGUAAUUGCUAUUCAGUGCUCAGUAACUGAAUAAUAGAGUAGCUGCUGACUUUGUCAAUAGAAGGUGCAAGCUGCAGAAGAACUGUGCAUAUGGGGAGUUUGGCUGUCAGCAGAGCAGCCUGUGCAAAGUUAGGCUAAGCUGUUGUGACUCUGUCUAGCAUUUGCCAAAAGAUAAGGAAUUGUUUAACUAUUAUGCUCUCCCUCUAAUGUUCCUUUGCUUGUUUCAUGAUACUUGUAACCUCUGAGCUGCUGUAGGGCUAGUUUCAAAUGGUGAAGUGCAGUUGCAUUCAAAUUAAAAUGGAAGGAAUUUUAUGCUUUGAAAAUGAAAACGUGCAUCAGUUAUGUUAGUGUUGGGAGAUACUUGCAUGUAAAAUGGUCUGGCCUCUAGACCACAAAGCCCGGUGUGGAGUUCUUCUUGUUUUUUGUUUUUUCCAUGUGUGGAUUUACUUUUCAAAUCUGAUGCUCUGUUAGCUCCACCCUUUUGCAGGGGAGCACUGUGCGAGUCUUCUCCAGAUAUACUGAACCUGGACUUGAAAUCAGCUGUAAAGAACAUUAAGAUGCUUCUGGCUGCCCCCUUUGACAGGCUCUUCUAAUUGUUUCUGCUGCACAUGCCACAUAGGAAAGUACAUGGUUUUGUUUGUGAACUUGAGAGUUUUGCUAUAAAGCUGGAUUCUUAGUGCUAAAGGCUUUUGACUGUUUUGUAAAUACGUGCAUUAAUGCAAAUUGAGGGGAGGAAAAAAAAAAAAAAGGUUUAGGGACGACAAUAUUAAGUAGCCAUGAAUAUUGCAAGUCCCUUGGAGCUCUUUUCCUAUCAGACUAGGAUACAGAGUGGAAGCUAUUGUACUGUUUUGUUUCCGAUACGGAAACUCACUUGGUUGUUGUGCCCAACCGUAAGGGCUGGUUUCUGAGCCAGCCUCGUGUUGGAUGGCUGCGCUCAGCCACAUCGGUCUUCAACCAAUUGAAUGACCAAAGCGUUUGGACCACACAGUGGUUUGCUGUUCCUUCAAAAUUACUCCCUCCAUUUCAGUACUAACUUUAAAAACUUCCCUUAUCUUCAAGAGGAUGUUUUCACCCAUUUAAAUUUGUGCCUUGUACCCUCCCCUCCCUUAGGGAAAAAGAUGGCUCAUAUAUUGCACCUACUUUAGUUUCUCCAAGUAGUGCUAAGGCCCAUCUCAUUCUCUUAUGGUAGAGCUAUAACCAAUUCUGAAAGGUGACAAACUUGGUGAUAGCAGUUCUGUGACCCUCCUUACACCUAGAGGCCAUUCACGCACAGCAGCUAUUGUAUUCCAGAGCAGAUUUCCAUAUUGUACCUGUUCACCAGGGCGGAAGGACCUGUGCUUGGCUGUGAAAGAUGGUGUGUAAUGCUUUGGCCUUCCUUGCCUUCCCCUAGUUUUCCCCGUGCAUGCAGAGUUGGGGACAGGAUUAUCCUUUCUUCUUGGACUAGCACUAAGUAAGUGUACACUCUAGCAUAGGUCUGACCUGGGAAGGAAAGCCCUCGUAUGAAGCUUUUUAGGUAGAGUGCCAAGAUGAGUGCAUAGUCUGCAACGUACCUUUCUGAACUCAAAGCUUUGGUAUUAUCAGUGGUGGUUCAGGAAUGCAGUAGCUCACUGGGAACUUGAAUGCUGCCUCUGGCUGGGUAUGCAAUUUGACUGUAGUUCUGGCAUAGCUAAUCUUAUGUUGAUUACCCCAUCUUACUUCCUGCUUUCACUUAAUAGCUCGUGCUUCAAAAAAGAAUAUAGAGCGUGAAGCAACGUUGGGGGGGGUUGAGUGCAAAACAGCGAACUGAACACCUUCAUUGCAUGCAUAUCUGCUUUGUUGUAAAGACAUUAAGGAGUAGUCAAGACAAAAACAGACACUGAUGUGAAACCAGCUUGGAGAGGACGCUAGACCCUGUGCUGUAGUAUUUAUCUGAAUUGAAGACAAAUUCCGAAUGUUUACCUCAGUGUAAAUACCUUUCCAUUAGGAGGAACGUGUACCUCAGUGUAAGUUACCUUUCCAUUAGGAGGAAAGGAAUAUUGCAUGGAGCAAUCAAUAUUCCAGAUUGCUUUGCCAAACACUUAGUCCUCUCUAAGGCAGGCUUCACAUUAGUAUGAACACUGUCCCUCUUUGGACCCUUACCUUUCUAGGAUGUGAACGGUAAAAAUGUGAAUAUUUGUUGUUUACUUCAUUAGGCAUAAUUCAUAAUGAUGUGUUUAUAUGAAGAAUAUCACAGACUGAAGCAAAACCAUAUGCAAUUGGUUUACUUUAUUAUAAACUGUAUAUGAUGUACAAACUAAUAAACACUUAAAUGAC